CGUGCCAGCACAACUGUCAUUAGAAUUAGAUAUCCAUUUAACAUUUCCAUUUUUUAGUUUAUAAAUAAAUACUUGUUGACUAAACAGAUAAAAGUAUAAUGACAUGCGAUCAGAUAUAGUUUAUUAUUGUUUCCUUUGUGAUAUUAGACGAGAAAACGAUGGUUUCCAUAAUAAAAAAUCAAUUGCUGAAACAUCUAUCCAGAUUCACCAAAAACCUUUCCGCGGACAAAAUAAAUCUCAGCACGUUCAAAGGUGAAGGUGAACUGUCCAACUUGGAACUAAAUGAAGUCGUUUUGAUGGAUUUGCUCGAAUUGCCCUCCUGGCUGUCCCUAAAACAGGCCUGGUGCAAUAAAGUCACAUUUCGAAUACCCUGGACGAAAUUGAAAAGCGUACCAAUAUGUUUAAAUUUGGAGGAAGUACAGAUAGUAGUAGAGACCUGCGAUGAACUUAGGAUUCCAUCUUCACAACCGGGCAGUUCCUACGCCGGUGCACCGGGAAAAUACAGUUUUAUCCAUAAAGUAAUCGAUGGCAUUACAGUACACGUUAAUACAGUCAACAUCAUAUUCAACAGCCCCGCUUUUACUGCUUCCGUGCAAAUAUCGAGGAUCGUGGUGGAUUCGAAGAACCACAAAUUCCAACCAUCCGAUUUGCGAAUGACGCGCUUAAAAAACCAAUCGAAGGGCCAGCUGUUGAUAUUCAAGGAACUGAGAUGGGACACCUUGCGGAUCGAGGCCAAAUCCACCAACGACAAAACCCUCACGCCUCUACGACUGAUCAUAAACGAAGCCAGGUGUCGAAUCGUCAUAAAAAAGCGACUGUCAGAUUCUUUCAUAUUGGGUUCGAGACUGGCCGUUAUACUGAACGAUCUGAUGUGGUGCUUCACGGAUUCCCAAUUGAAAGCGGCCCUGUACUUCGUCGAUUCCCUCACGGAUUUGAUACAGAAAUCCACGCAGAUCACGCGCAGAACCAAGGCGGCCCGAAAAUUGGAGGAACUCCCCGAGUACCAGGCGCAGCUCUCCCGAGAAGGCCCCCACGAGGUGCCCGACAAGUACAAAUUGUUCGCCGCCCACGACGUCAUCGAAACCUCCUAUCAUUUGAUCUCCCACCAGAUCAUCCUGCACUUCAUCGACGACGAAGGAGCCGGUCGUUCGUCCCAUCCGAAUCUCAAAAACGGAGACGCUUUGCACAUAUGCUUGAAGAAAUUCCACGUCGACUAUUAUCCAUAUCACUUAGCUAAAGGUAACAGAAAACAUUGGUUGAAGUACAACACGAACUUCGUGCCGCACGCUCUCUGGCAGGAACAAGCCCUGAAUUCGUUCAGAACGACGUUUCUGAACCUGAUCGAUCAACACAAGCCCCUGCACGCCCCCUUGAAUCGACCCAAAAAGAACCCGGACGAUGCCAGCCCGGAGGUGAAAUCGCCGCAGGGCUCCGACUUCAAGAGCAACAGGCGAAAGAUCGAAGCGAUAUUCUCGAAAUUGAUGACCAGUUGCAUCGUGUUGCGCAUCGAAGAUUUCACGGUGUUCAAGGUGAACUCGUCGCAGAAGAAGGGCGCGAAAGAAUUCGUUUUCGGCGAUAGAAGCCAGUUAUCUCUACCGGCCGAUUCGAAUAUGGUCCACGCCGAAUUCACCUACUACUAUUAUCCCAGUGACGUCCCGUUUCCUCUACCACCACCGAAAUUCUACGUACAAUUAAACCCGGUGUCCGUCAUGUUCGACGUAGAUACCUGCUUGUGGAUCAACGCGUUCGCUUUGAACCUCUUCAAAUCCCUAGCGAACUCCACCAGCGAAGUACCGGUGUCUUCCUACACCUACAUGGACAUCAAAAUCGAAGCUAUAUUACCCCGAAUUAAUUUCGAGAGUGCUGCUGAGCACCCGAACCAAAAGGACCGGCCGAAGUGCCUCAGCUUCCAGGCCACGCGGGCCACCGUGACGAACGCGCGCAACUUGGAGCAAUCCUCCCGCGCCGACCUGGCGCGAUGCGUCGAUUCCUUCCACAUGGGCUCGCUGUUCUUCGGCGGCGAGUUCCCCUCUCGACCCGACGACUUCUACGUGGUCACCCAGAAGUUCAUCGAUCACAUCGAAGCUGUAGACAACAUCCGAAACGCCCCCGAAUCGAUAGACGCCUCCGUAACGGACGAUUGGAUGGCGCAAUUCACUAGAGAGAUGUUGUGGACGGACGCGAAGGACGUGUGGUGCAUCAGUUUGGAUCCCGUUUGGGCGGAUUUCAACGGGACGAGGGCCAUCGGAAUGGCCAAAAGCGUGCCGUUUUUGGAUACUCUACCGGUGACGUUGUGGCUGCACACCCACAUGGAUCCCAAUUCGACCAUAAAACAACCUAAGAGCGACGAGGAAGAGGCGCCUUCGUACGCUGAUAUACACGCUUUGGUCUACAUCACCAAUUUGGUGAGCGUGCAAAUCAACCACUAUCAAUAUUUGUUUCUGUUGAGAUUGGCCGAAGACGCCGCCCUGUUGGCUACUUACUUGUCUAUCGAUGCCGAAAGGAUACUCCAGGUCGAAAGUAACAGUUCGAUCGCAAUGGGGGUGAUAGUACCGCAAUUAGAAGUAACCUUCGUCAUGCCAUCUAGCUCGCCCGGUAAAGAAUCCUCCGGUGGCGAUAUCGAUUCCGUAGUACCGGAUACAUCGAGUAUAGCAGAUGACGUUCUAAUAGGUUCCACGCCAUCGGUAUGGCAGAACAGCACGUCAUCGGUAACCCCAAGGAAACUAGCCAACGGAUCGUCAAACCAAUUAGAUCUACCGAUAAGCCAAUCGUUGGAUCCCCUACAAACCGGCCCGAAGUACGCCCCGAACGACGAGCACAGCUCGUUGCUCCAACAAAAAGCCAACCUAAACCUGCAAACCAACCUCAACAUGGGUAACAACGCCGCCGUUACAACCUUAACACGCCCUCGGACCCUUUACGAUUCCGCCGUAGGUCUGACGUCGAUGCGGAAGGGCAUCACCAGCCUGAUGUCGUCGAUCGACAGCGCGCUGAAGGCGAGCCCCGACGACGCCAGCGACACCGCGUCGAUACGCAGCGACGUCUCCAGCGAUUCGGAGAAAUUCGUCCACAUCAAUUGCGACCUGGACAUCGCCGGCGCCGAGAUACUCUUCGUCGUCGCCGAGUUCUACGAGCGGAUCGAGGAGGCGGCCGAGGUGGUGGAGGAGGACCACACGGCGACGACGACCACCAGCGAGCGAUCGGCCACCAGCACCGGCCGACGGAAGGAUUUGGUGUCGGUGUCUACGUUUAAAUUGAACAAAAUCGAAGUGGUGUAUCAAUCGUUAGGAUUUCGAUCUUCCAUUAAGGUGCAGCUUAAUAAUUUGCUCUCUGAGGAUUGUUCUUGUAUAUCGUGGGACGAAUUACAGAAUAAGUUCGGUACGAGGUCUCGAGUGUGGACGAGCAGCCCGCCGAGCGAUUUUACAUCGCCCAAAGUGAAGUUGCGAUUAGAACACGACUUGGCUGUGGACAAAUCGCGUUUGCUCGACGAAGAUCUUACAAACAGGGACGUAUUCGCCCGAUUGUUCACGGACCUAGUGAAUAUAACCGUAAAGGAUUUAUCGUUGAAUUUGAACAUGAGUACAGCGAUCGGCUUGGCCGAUCUAGUAGAAGACGAAGUUAUACCAGUACCACUCCCUAUCAAGUUGAGCCUCGAAGAGGUGAAGAUCCAUUUGAACGAAGACAGACCGCCGGUUAAUAUCACUUCACCGGGUCCCGUACCGAUCGAUUUGAGCAUUAAACAUUUGUACAUCGCUCGAAGCGAAGACGGCGUGUUCAAUUUGUUCCCGAACAACAGCGAGUCUUCCUCUAAUGAAUUGGAACAACGCGAAAAUCCUUCUCCGCCGGUACACGAGAAGAACAACGAAGAUAUACGAAGACUGAUGGCGUUCGAGAGGAUAUCGGAGGAGAACCGGCUGCUGCGCAAAUCGAAGGAGGAGAACGACAAGGAGCAGGACCUGUUGAGGAACUAUUUGAAGAAGUCGCAGGACGAGGUGAACCGGUUGCUCGACGAGAAGCGGAACAUGCUGGACGAGAUCAGGCGGUUGCAGCACCAAUGCAACGGUUCCAAGAGAUAGCAAUAUUGUUUCGAUUGUACCAAGUGUUUCUGCAAUGAUAAACGUACUCAAUAGCGCGUAUAUAGGCUGUUCCGUUGGUUUUGAAAACGUAAUAUCAGAUGUGAAAUAUAUAUAUUUUAAAUUUUAUCUAGAUUAUUAAGCUUAGAGUGAUAUCAAUACGGAAAUAAAUAUUGUUAAUUAUGUGUAAUUUACGCGUCAUGAUUCACAUCUACUAGUUAAUCGAUGUUAUGAUGGAAUUAAUCGAUUCGGCGACGAGUCGAUUGUGCAGUAUGCUCAAGUGAUUUCCAUCGAAGGUUUCGAUGUCGAUCGGCGAUUCGCUGAUCCUCGACAGUCCAUAAUCCUCUUCGAUGUCCUUCGUCAAUCCCACGGCGGGUUUCCACAGCCUCAAUUUGGAUUUCAGUUUGUCGUAGGACGGGCUGUAGGCGUCUAUCGCUUUGAUUCUGUUGUAGAAACCGUUCGCUAGCUUCGUAUGUAGCUCGAGUUUAUCGGGCGUUAUCGGUCUGAUGAUGUCUUUGGCCACUUCCAGUCGCUCCUUCCACGUGUCGC